UAUUAUUGCCGUGUUCUUACUUUCGUUUUAUUUGUUUUCCAACAAUUCUUGACUCCAGUUGCUCCAGAAGUUGUUGUUUCAGGAUUUUUGAGCUCAUUAUAUCAUGUCUGAGUUACAGGAAAGUCAGAUCCACGACAGCGGCAACUUCUAACUCAGCAUUUUCUUCCAACCAUCAGUCUUUAUUAAUUAAGUCUUUAUACUUUAUUACGUUAUUAAAUUUUUAGUUUGAGUUUGGCGUUGGAAUUCAUAAGGACGAGGCCUCUUCCUCCUUUUUUUAAAAACAAGACUCAGUUAGACUAGAAUCUAGAUCUAGAUCUAAUCUAGAUCUAGAUCUAGAUAUUUAGAUUAGGUCUAGAUCUAGAUAUCUAGUCUUAUUAUUUUACUGUGACUAGUCUAGGCCCUAUACUACUGAUUAAUUGAUUGAGACGUGGCCUGUCAGACUGUCUGGUGGAGACUGAGCACGUUGUGGAUCAGUAGACAAUGAACGGGACAGGAGAUUUGUUCAUGUGUACUGGAUUCUUCAAAACACACUUCUUUCAGAUGACCCCAUGGCUUUUCCAAGUUGAGGUCCUUCCCUUCCUGACAGAGUCACAACUUGCAAAUGGUACAGUACACGACUGGUUUAAAGCUCAACAUUUCCAGGAAAUGCUGGAGUUGUUACAGCCUGUUAUGCAGAAGUCUGUUGAUGCAGGGGAAGUGUCAGUGCCAGAAGACAAAAAGUACAGCAAGUCAAAAGAUUGUGUUCUCACAGGUAGCACAGUGCGCAUUGCUUGCAGUUUUAAGCAGUCCGUCAUGAACAAUACAUUCCUAAUUCAUCUUCCCAGAGGACGCAGUAGGAAAGAAGACACGAGAAAGAAGAGGAAAUAUCAGGAACUAUCACUGCACAAAGAAAAAUUACUCGUUUAUGUGUGUCCUCGAGCAAGCUCAUCCGUUCUACAUCUAAGUCAGCUGGUCAACAAUGACAUAGGAGAAAAUGGAUCUGUGAAUGACAUCAGCAAGUAUUUCGUGUCCUCUGAGGGAUCCAACCACAUGUCUAAAGGGGUAGCUUCCACUUCCACAGCCUGCAGCUGAGAAGAUGGGUGGGGUGGGGAAAGGGGAGGGGGGAUGUUUGGGUAGACCUUAACCCUACCCGUACAUCGUGUUU